UACACGCGUCAUGCCUCGUCGUUCAGGAAGAUCCAGAUAUGCGGACCAGUCGGAGCCGACUUCAGAGUUUGCAGCAGAAGACGAGAUAAACAACUACGAAGCAGAAGCAGAAGAUGAAAUCGAUGAUGAGGAACAGGAAGUCACUCGUUGUGUUUGUGAACAAGACGAAUUGAACACAGCAUUGGUGAAUCCGCAACUAUCAGAGGUUCUAAUCAAGGAAUAUUCAAUCAAAAUCGACCAGGGACUUUUCAUCCAGUGUGACAAAUGUUCAGUAUGGCAGCAUGGGUAUUGUGUAGGGCUCUUCACCAACGAUGAAGUUCCAGACAAGUACUGGUGUGAAUUGUGCAAACCUGAUCUCCACGUGUUUAUAUAUGAUAAUGGAGAAGCCGUGAGGACACUUUACCGUCCUGUCAACGAAAAGAGACGUAAGUUACUGUUGGAAAGUCUCGCUGCUGGCCAGUCCAUCCAACAAAAGACAAGUUCCAGACUGCGAACCAAACGACUGGCACUGGCCAAUUCGAAUUCUAAUGAUAAUAGCAGAGAAAGAGAAAAAGAAUCAGGGAAUAACGGAAAAUCUCGUAAAGAGAGAAGACAUUAUGAUGAAUCAUAUGAUGAACAACUUCAAAAGGCUUUAAGAGAAAGUGCAAAGGAAUCAGGAUUACCAUUAGACUCUGAGACUUCAUCGAGAAGAAGCAACAACAAUAGCAACAACAACAAUAGUAAUAAUAAUAAUAUUGCUGAUUCAGAUACUGGAGAGCAUGAAGCUUCGAACAUUGAAGAAGAUAACGAAGAUGAAUCCAAGCCAAAGUACGACACAAGAAGGACGAAACCCAAAACCAAUAGUUCCAAGUCUGCAUCGAAUGACGAAGCCAGUAAUGGUAAUCUGGCUUUUUCCAAGGAGGAACUCGUCAACCAACCUUCAAAGCCACGUUAUGUCAGCGAUAAAUCGUCCAUAUACGAAUUGCGUAAACGCACCGGCGCUAUUCUUGAAUGGCUUGGUAGAUCACAACUCGAGCUCGAGGAUGAAAAAGUCAACAAAAUCCAACUCUUCACAUUCAAGGAAAAGACCGAAAGCGACCAAAAUGUGAUAGACGAAGACGGCAACAAGGUCAUUGUGAAGUUUGAUGAGAACUUGAAACUAAUGGAAUCCUUGACAGAGAAGAUCCUUGCCUGGGAACAGAAGUUCGGCAAGUACGCUCCAUGAAUGUACAACCCUACGCAUAUACUUUUCUAAUAUAUUGUUAUAAUAUCAUGAAAACAUUAUCUUCU